AUGCAAGAAAUUGAAUCAAAUCUCAAUUCUGUCAUACGAAUCCUUGGGUCAGACCACAGAACCUCUGAACAUCCGAACCGACAAUCUCGUGGGUUGAUAAAUGCAGUAGGAAGGCUAGCAAACAUUCUUUUUGGAGUUUGCUCCGAUCAGGAUGCAGAAUUCUUUUACAAAAACAUUGAACAUCUUGCUCGUUCCGAGGAUAAACAUGUUCAUCUAUCACAGGAACAGAUACGCAUUGUCUCUACAGUCAUAAAUAACGUAAAUUCCACCAUGCAUGAACUGCUAACAGAUGAUCAGAAAUUGCAGCAGAAUAUAAACAGAAUAGAAGAACAAUCAAGGCGUUCUGAGGCAACAAUCAAUGAAUUGGAAAUACAAAACACCUUCCUGGAGCACACUGCAAUAUUGACAGUUUUCCUAAACCAAUUCGCUUGGGAAACUCAAAACCUCCAAUCCAUUGUCAACUCAACAUUAAAUGAAUUGAUGCAUACAAAUGUCUACCCCCCUUCUCAAUUGAUUCACGAACUUAAACAAGUACAACUGACAUUACCUUCUACACUAGAGCUGCCUAUAACUGAAUCUCAUUUAUCUAUCCCGGAAUUAUUCCGUACAUCCAAGUUAAGCGUAGUGUACAUCCAACAGAAUCUCGUAUUUGUAACCCGUAUACCCUUAUUUUCAAACCUUCGGUUUAACCUGUUUCAUAAUAUUCCACUUCCGAUACUUACAAAUAAAGGUAAUAUAUUAAUUAUUGAACCACAAGCUCAGUACUUGGCAACAAGCGAUACUAACGAAUAUCAUUUCAGUCUAACCGACGAUCAGUAUGAAAAAUGUGAAACAUUGUUCUCUUUUAAGUUAUGUGUAAAUCCUGAGGCUAUUAGUAAAUCUAAACACCAGGAUAAUUGUGAGGUAUCUUUGUACAAUUCCCCGUAUCAAACGAUAGGAGCUUGUAAUUUCAAAUAUCUGAACCUAAAUACUACAAUCUGGCAUAAGCUUUAUCUACAAAACGCGUGGUUAUAUUAA